CACAAGUUGUUUCAGACCAAGCAACACCACAUGUUUAUUCGAAACGAUAGUACGAAGCGAUAUAACAAGGGUCUUCUUUUCUAUAUCUAUACCAACAACUUCGCAGUAAUGGCAGAGAGAAUCAUCCUUCAACUCAACACUCGUUUUCUAUUCUAACACACUCUUUUUUCUCUUCAAAUCAUCCAUCAUGGUUCACUUCACUUCCGUCUUCGCUGGGCUGUCGCUCGUAGCUGGUUCUCUUGCCGCGCCCUCCAAAGAAGGUCUCUUCUCCAAGAUUACCAAGCGGGCUGGUACUCCCAACAGUUCCGGUACUAACAACGGAUUCUACUACUCUUGGUGGAGUGAUGGCGGUGCCGAUGCCACUUACACCAACGGUGAGGGAGGUUCUUACUCCAUGGAGUGGAAGGAUGGCGGCAACGUCGUCGGUGGUAAGGGUUGGUCUCCUGGAAAGGCCCGAACCAUCUCGUACGAGGGAGAGUACAAGCCCAACGGCAACAGCUACCUCUCCGUCUAUGGCUGGACCCGAAACCCUCUCGUCGAGUACUACAUAGUCGAGUCCUUCGGUACCUACAACCCCUCCAGCGGUGCUACCAAGAAGGGUACCGUUGAGGCUGAUGGCAGCACCUACGACAUCUUCGAGACCACUCGCACCAACGCCCCUUCAAUCGACGGUACUCAGACCUUCCAGCAGUACUGGUCUGUUCGCCAGCAGCACCGCUCUACUGGCAGCGUCGACACUGGUCUUCAUUUCGAUGCCUGGGAGAAGGCCGGCAUGAAGCUCGGUACCCACGACUACCAGAUUCUCGCUACUGAGGGUUAUUUCAGCAGCGGAUCGUCCCACAUGACCGUCUCUGAGGGUGCUUCUUCUGGUGGUGGUGCCGGUGGCUCUACUGGUGGUGAUGUUUCCCAGGUCGGUGAUUCUCAGCAAGGUGGUGACGCCCAGCAGGGCGGAAACGGUCAGCAAGGUGGCAAUGGAAACACUUUCCAGCAGCCUGGCAUCUAAGCAAAAACCUUCCAAGCAAGAGUCUGGUGCCAAUUGCGCUUCUAUUUAUGGACAAUAUGGUGGCCAGAGCUGGGCUGAAGCUACCUGAUGUCAUUGGAGCUGCAAGGGUGCCAGUGGUACCUCUAGAGCUUCAAUGACAGGAUCACGGGUGAUUUGGAGUUAGAGUUGGAGAGACCGUAUUCUUUCAUACCCACUGCUUCUCGCUCUUUAGUAGAGAAGCGGUGGUGUGUAUAUACUUGAUGUAUAAAACUUGUUUGCAAUCAA